CGCAGAUUUUGCCCUGUGCUUUCUGUAGGAUGUCCUUCGUGCGGGGCGCGCUUUGAGCGGGCGGGGGCGGCGGCCGCGGCCCGGGGCUCUCGGCUGGAGCCCGGGGCUCUCGGGGCUCUCGGCUGGAGCCCGGGGCUCUCGGGGCUCUCGGGGCUCUCGGCCGGAGCCCGGGCAGCUCCGGGGCUCUCGGCUGGAGCCCGGGCGGGUCCGGGGCUCUCGGCCGGAGCCCGGGCAGCUCCGGGGCUCUCGGGGCUCUCGGCCGGAGCCCGGGCAGGGGUCGGUGUCGCCGGGCGCGCUGGAGCAGCUGCGGCCUCUGCCGGGAGCAGAGCCAGCGCCGGGAGGGAAGGGGAAGGAGCGGGAGAGCGGUCGGUGGGAGCCGGGGCGAGAGCGGAGCGGGACCUCCCUCCGAGCCCGCGAUCCUCCCUCCGCUCGGUGCCCGCGGAGAGGGGGCCGGGCGCGGCGGCGGAGCCGAGCCCGCAGCUCCGAGGUCUCCGCUCGCUCCCUCCCUCCGGCGGGCCGGGCAGCGAGGCCGGGGCGCCCCGCGGCCGGGGCGGGGUGGAAAUUUACCGGGUCGGUCCUCAGCGAGGGGCUCGGCAGGAGGCGGAGGGAGGGCGGGGAGCGGCGGAGCAUCAUCUGGCGGGGAACGCGAGGGACCAAAUGACUGAGAGGAAGGGCGGCAGCCGCCGAGAGCAGCGAGCCGCGGCGCAGCGGCAGCAGCAGCCCCGCGCCCCCGGCGGCGAUGGCGGCGGGCGGCGGGGCUGAGCGGAGCUGAGCCGGGCCGGGCCGAGCCGAGCCGGGCCGGGCCCCCGCCCGCGGCUCCGCAUGGCGCGGGCCUGAUGUGGGAGCGCGGCCCGGAGCCGCGGCGGCGCUGCGGGAGCAGGAGGAGGAUGGCGGGGCUGCCGUGGAAGUGGCCGCGCACCCGCCUGCCCGUGGGCGCCAGCGCCCUGGGCGUCUUCGUCCUCUGCUGGCUCUACGUGUUCCCCGUGUACCGGCUGCCCGACGAGAAGGAGAUCGUGCAGGGGGUGCUGCUGCAGCAGGGCAAGGCGUGGAGGAGGAACCAGACCGCGGUCGCCCUGUUCAGGAAGCUGCUGGAAGAAUGCUGUGACCCUGGGCAGCUCUUUGCCAUGACAAAGAUGAAUUCCCCCAUGGGAAAGAACCUCUGGUUUGAUGGGGAAUUUUUAUAUUCUGUCACAAUUGACAAUGCAACUUACUCUCUCUUCCCACAGGCUACUCCCUUCCAGCUGCCACUGAAGAAAUGUUCCGUGGUGGGAAACGGUGGGAUCCUGAAGAAGAGUGGCUGUGGCAAACAAAUAGAUCAAGCAGAUUUUGUCAUGCGGUGCAACCUUCCUCCUCUGUCCAGUGAAUACAGCAAGGACGUUGGAUCCAAAACCCAACUGGUGACUGCAAAUCCCAGUAUAAUUCAAAAAAGGGAGAGGAAGAGGAGUCCUUCCCUGUGGGGCCGUGGGUCCCUUCCCAUGGAGACAGUUCUGCCUGAACUUCUCCAGCAUGGCUCCCAAAACUGCUGCAAGGUUCCAGAAUCUGCUGUGGUCCCGAAAAGCCUUUGUGGACAGUGUGAAGAUCUACAACCACAGCUACAUCUACAUGCCAGCCUUCUCCAUGAAAACGGGGACAGGGCCCUCCCUGCGUGUCUACUACACCCUGGAGGAUUUCGGUGCCAAGCAGGCCGUGCUGUUUGCCAACCCCAACUUCCUGCGGGACAUCGGCAAGUUCUGGAAGAGCAAAGGCAUUCACGCCAAGCGCCUUUCCACGGGACUCUUCCUGGUCAGCGCUGCGCUGGGGCUGUGCGAGGAGGUGACAAUCUACGGCUUCUGGCCCUUCUCGGUGGACCUGCACGGGAAGUUUAUCAGCCAUCAUUACUAUGACAAUGUCCUGCCCGACUCCGGGUUCCACGCCAUGCCCGAGGAGUUCCUACAGCUUUGGUUCCUUCAUAAAAGCGGUGUGCUGAGAAUGCAGCUGGAACCUUGCGAGGACGCUCUAACCCAGCCUUCACCCUGAGGAUCAUCACAGUUCAGGAGAUCAGUAGUUUUUAAUUUCCGCGCUCUCCGACAGAGUUCUGUUUUAUGUUGGUUGUUUCUAAAGGGAUCUGCAUGGACCAUAAAAAUGCUACUUGAAGGCUAAAUGGAAUAUGUCCUUAUUGUUUAGUGCUUUUUGGAACUGGGAGAGGAUGAAAUGUAUCUCUCCAUCAAGUCCAUUCAGCAGUGGUGGGAAAAAAACCUCAGAAGCAGCACAGCUGAACUUUCCAGGGACAUUUUUAAGUGACAAGUGUAAAAAGGGCAUUAAGGCUCAGAGAGUCACCGGGCCACUCAUAAGCUUUUGCUGACAGUGCCAAAUAUGACUAUCUCUUCCAAAUUCCAUUUCAUUCCAGGUCAGCACCCUGUAGAACUUUCCUUUUUCUGUGCUUUUUUCCUCUGUUUGGGGGUGUGUGUGUAGGACAGCACGUGUGUGUCAUUGACUCCUUGGUUUCUUUUCCUUUUAUUCCUUUUAUUUUUGAUGUGUCAUCCCCUCCCCCGAGGAAGGAAAAGGAAGGGCUUAAAAGCCCAAGGAGCUGAGUACCAUCAGCUCCUCUGAAGACUCUUGGGAGAGUGAAGGUGCUCUGAAUCUGGUUAGAAUGUCAUAGGAAUGCCUUGCUACUGAGGAUGGCUAGACCUAUGUAUUGUUGGUAUUAUCAGGAUGGUUCAGGUCACUGCACUUACAGCUAUGCCAGUGCUGUACUGUGGGCAAGAGCUGGUUAAGGCAAAUUGGUCUGAAAAGAGAGCAUGUUACAAAACCAGCAGUGAAGUGCAGCCUGAUUUCAGUGACCUGCUGCAAGAUUUCCGCAGUGACUUUCAUAGCAGGGAUGGUUCCUGACCUGUUUUUCUGUCCAGCCUUAGGGAUUAAUUCUGUGUUCAUUUGGACUCCAGAUGUUCAUGGACUGUUGAGGGUAUUUGAGGGGUUCAAUGGAAUGUAGAAUGAGGUUCUUCAUGUGCUUACAGCAGGAAAAAUUGCAGAAAUGAAUGUAAGUGUCAUUUAAAAUUAGUCGAAGCUUUGAAAAUCGUUUCUCUGCGUGUGACUUGCUCUUCUGCUUGGAUUGUAAUGUUAGCCUUAAAGACUUGUACUUCUCACACGAGAUUGUCUCUGCUUAAAGAGAGUCUGGGAAAUAAAACAGCCUUUGGGAGCACCAAAAAGCUGCACAGCCAGCAACAAAAACGAAAAAAGGAAGGGCAUGCCUGAUGCAAGGCAGCCCUGCUCACAGUGGUGAAUCCUGUCAGUGUGCACAGUGCCUGAAGGACUGUUUUAUUUUGGGUUAUUACUUGGGCAGCAGAUGGUCCUCUCACUGUGGAAAUGAGAAAUCAUUUUGUUUGUUUGCUUUAACACUGGAGGAUAAGAGGAGAAUCCCCGCUCAGUCUGCCGCGCAAUUUAAGCUGCAAGAUGUUACCACCAUUAACUUGAAAAAUCCAGAUCAGUGUUCUUUUUCUUAUGAUCUUGUCAGAGAAAAUCUAGUCAAUGUGUUGGAACAACAAAACUGUCAUCAACUCUCCAUGACAACUUCCUGUUCUGUUCUAGCUCCAAAGUUCUAGUAUUUUGGGGAAUGUGUCUUCUCAAGUGUUGAUAAGGUCUCUCUUUGUAGAGUGCCAACUGCAAGUUCUAUAGAUACAAAUAAUUUUUUAAAAAAAGUUAAAUCCAUGGCUCUUCUUUAAAUAUGAGUAGUUCAACUCUGUGUAGGAAACUGGGGAAAAAUAAUCAUGUUUUUAUUUUUAAACCUAUGUUUCAUAAUAAAAAUUUUCUUUUGGAAUAAGGAUAUUCCAAGCAUGAAGUGGGCACUGUUUUGUAGGAUUACAGGACAAUGCUGAAGGGUAAUGUGGAGAUUUUGGAGUGUUCUAGCUACUGUUCUGAUAGUACCUCAGUAUUGUUCUGAAUGUACCUCAUAGCCCAUGUUAUCUUUGUCCAUGUUUUCAUUAAAAGUAGAGUCAGCACACUGAUGGAACCUCA